CGAUUGGCCGGAUUUCGUACACUGCUACACACGCUACACACGUUCAAACUGGCCUGCAGUAUUGUUUAUUUACCCGUAACAUACGUGUAUAGCCUAUUUUAACGUAAACAAUAUGUUGAUGGAUAAUAUUUCUUCAAAGUAAACUUGAGGCGAAAAGAAAGCGCGAUGACGACGUCCGGCGAGCUAAUAGUCGCAAGAUGUCUUUUCAUGUGUCCGGGAAAAGAGCGACGAAUAUUUUGAAUUUGUUUCAUUCAGGAGAGAGAGAGAAGGACUAUUGCACAAGUAUGAAAUUGAUGAGGAAACGAAACACAUGAAGAGGCCUAAGGCUGAUCCAGCAAAAACUAUAAAAUGCUUCAGUCGCUCUGCUGCUGGACAAGUUAUGACAGAUCCAAACCUGCUGCGUCCACCACGUGUAUUAUUAUCCACUGUUCGAUACUUGUUCACAAAAAUAAUCACACGAAUGGAUUUAGAUUGGGCAUCAAUAUAUGACUUUGUGUUUGACCGAUUGAGGUCAGUACGACAGGAUGCUGUGAUACAAAGAGUCGAUGCCACCACAAGUAUUCUCCUUCUAGAGCCAAUUGUCCGAUUUCACAUAUAUGCUGCUCAGAGGUUGUGUGAAAAAAACAUUUCGGAAUUUGAUGCAAAAAUAAAUAAUAAACAUUUGCUGGAAUGUAUCAAGCAGUUACUUGUAUUGUAUGAUCAACGAAGUUGUGAAGAUGUAACAGAUAACACAGAAGUACAUAGAGAUAUCGAAAGACUAGCAUUAAACGAUAGCCGGUCAGAGAUGGAAGCUAUAUAUAUUCUUCUCCAUAUUGGAAAUCACGAAGCUUUAAAAAGAGCUCUUACGCUUUCAUCCGAUUUGAAAAAAUCACCGGCAAUUCAGUUAGCUACAAAAAUAUCACUUGCUUGGUAUUUAAGAAACUAUGUUUAUGUUCGUCAUCUGGUUACACAGUUACCUCCGCUCCUAGCUUGUGCAUUUUUUUGUAAUUUGCAAAGUUUCAGAAGAAAUGUUCUACAAAUCAUGAGUUCUGGCUAUAAUAGCAAAGUAUUGACAUUCCCGGGACUGAAAUUGCAAGAACUUUUAUACUAUAAAGAUAUAAGUAAAAUUCAAAUGGAUUGUGAGUUAUUUGGUUUGACGUUCACUAAUGAAAAUGUUUUAUUUCAAAAAUCACAGUUCAAUGAACAGAUUUUGUUGGCUAAUCCUGAGAUGUAUUACUCUUCUGCCACGUUACAUAAAUUCAUACCAAAAAUUCUUUUAGAAUGUACUUUUAACGACGAAUACUGAAUUACUUAAUUUUUUAAUUACAAUAUACAUUUUCUACAUGCAAUUGUAGAUUUAUUGUAUAUCUUCUAAAUUAAUAAAGUUUAAAUUUCAAGGCUGUAAAAAAUAUAGAUGAUGUAUUAUAUAUCAAUACAUUUGUUUAAAUUGUAA